GCACCUCUAAUUUGGUCCUUUCUAUGCCGAAAGAAAUCGAUUAUAUUAAAAAAUAUUGUUUGUGCAACGCUUAGCAACUAGGCAGCGCAUGUCGCUUGAUGGGUUCCAGCGCGGGAGCUCGCUAACAAAUUUGUUCUAUUAUGAGAUGCGUUUUCUGUAGGUUAUUUAUUCUGUGGCUCUACCUCUUCGAUACUAUCGAUAGUCUGAAAACGUUGAUAGCUUUUUUAAAGGAAGAACAAACCAUCGAUAUAUCGAUAGUAUCAUCGAUAUUUUCCACCUCUACCACGCAAAGUAAAAUUCAAUCUGUUUUUGUGUUUGCUAUUUAAAUCACCGAAUAUUAUUCAAUUAUGGACAAAAUACUUGUGAAAAAGUUUAAAGAAUGCGGGCUGUUAGAGUACGUGGACAUUUUCGAAGAUGAGGAAAUUUUUACCGAGAUUGACUUCAAAUUACUUUCAAAUGAAAAAAUUGAACAAUUGUUUCCCUUGGUAAGUCAACGGAACAAAUUCCGGGCCAGUUUUCGUGAAUUCCUACAUGAAAUUUUAACGAAGGACAUUAAUCAAGGACGAGCAGAGAAUGAUGUAAGUGAUUUUUAUUCUUCAUCCAGCGAUUCAGAAAACUCGAAGAAAGCUUUGAUAACAGGCACUGAAAGGGCUGGUGCGGUUAUCAGAAACGAGUCGAUUGAUUUCAAUGAAUCCGAUGCAGAAGCGGAACCACCAAAGAAAGCUCGAACUGAGAGUGGAAAAAAAUACCUGCUGGACCUUCUUAAACAAACUUGUGACGGAAAAAUUAUUAUAAGUCGGUAUAAAAAGAACAAAAUAUUGAACGACAAAACUAGGAAUUCUUUUUCAAACAUCAUUGUUCACAACGAAUUCGCCGCAAACCCCAAUACAGUCAUUUGUACUGCAAGGUUCAUACAGCUGUCGCAGUCAAUUAGUGAAUUAUUCCCGAAUGAAGACAAGGAAACUUAUUAUAUUCCUGCUCAAAGAGUAGGACUAGCACGAGAUACAAUAUUAGCUAAAGGAAAGUUGUGGAACCAGUUUACGACGUUCAGUCGUGACCUCCGUGAGUGUUCCCUCCGCAAAAUAAGGCCGACAGAGAUUGAAGGAGCUACAAUUGGAAGAAUUCAUCCGCGACUACCAGAAACACAUUCAGGUUCGGAAAAUAUUGCUUCACUUAUUGAGUUUUUACGAACUCACCUGGAACCCUGGGCAGUUGUUACGGAGAAUUGGAGAAUAACCUGUUCAACGAGAUUAAAUCAACUUUGCAAUGACACUAAGUACGAACAAAUCGCCGACUAUAUAUUAGAAUACCCUGUACUCAAACAGCCACUUGGUUAUAAAUUGUUUGAAUCUGAUUUUGACACAUUAUAUCCUGAUGCUGCUAAGCGAAUGAUGACACACUGGACUGCUUUCAAGGAGAAAGUUCAGUUUGAAGUAAGGGACAAUGAACACAAAACCAUAGAAUCAGAUGCAGAAGUACUCAAUGCAUUUGCUGGUCUACUCCCGUCCGUGCCACUUAAAGUUCCAAAAGGUAAAGCAUGGAAAGCAAGCAAACAGGAUAUGAAAGAGGGAUUUUUGCUUCACAUUAAAAGAAUCCAAGACUUUGAGAAGACAUUAAAAUUUGUUGAAGAAAAAUACUUUUCUAAAGGGAUUACAGUGCAAGGAUUCCCUAUGGUCGUUGGGGCAGACUUGAAAACCAUAGAAAGCAGCUAUUUUGUGCUCGAUAGAACACCGUUUUUGUUGGAAAGUCCAACCCGGGCUGUGGAAGUAGCUUUUAAGGCCUUUCAUGCCUUGUAUAGCCCUUACUCGACUGUAAGCUGCAGAUCUUGGCUAAUUUUACAAGAAUCCCUCUUCGGCAUCGUUGGGUAUUCAGACAAGUAUGCAGCAUUGAUGAAACAACCGGAAGUUAUAAGACUUAUGAGAACACUUCGUGUUUAAUUUACUACAAUUAAUUUACUACGUAUGAAGUUGAUCUCAGAUUUUUAAGUUUUUUAUUUUUCAUCGGUAAAAUAAUUGUAAUGCGAAAUGUAAUGUACAAAAUUGAUAUCGGUUUUCUAAUUUUCAUCGGUAACAA